AUGAAGCCAAUCUUGCCUCUGAUUCUCCUCUGGGCAGUGUCCAGCACAGCUGGAGCUCUUCAGUGUCAAACCUGCACAGAUCAAAUGUGUUCAAGCACAGCACCAAAUAACUGUUCCCCAGAGACGAUGUGUGUUAUGACCACCAUUCUAGCUUAUUCAUUGGGAACUUGGGCAAGGCAAAUCUACCAGGCAUGUGCAUCUUCUUCCCUGUGUCCAUUUAAUGGGACUCAGAUAUUUUCAGUUGACCUGGGUGUCCAAAGUGCUCUUGCAUCUGCCAUGUGCUGCAACACAGAUAACUGUAACACAGAAACUCUGCCUGACCCUGCUCCUCAGUCAGGUAACGGUCUACUGUGUAAUGUUUGUGACCCCUCAACGUCACAGUGCACCUCUACAUUACAAUGUGAAGGAGUGGAGAACCGCUGCUUUCAAUCAACAAGUGAGUCUUUAUGUUCGGCUGCGGGGAGGUUGAAGCUACAGCUGACUGAGUCUGGAUGUAUGCUGGAGCAGCCAACUGUGACCCUGACUGUGGUUGCUUGGGGGCAGCUGGCGUGGACUGUGGCUUGGAGGCUGCUGCAGUGGCUGAAGACAGAGGUGGUGGCUCAAAAUCCAAAAACUCAGAGGCCUGAGGAACAGCUGUCUCUGAAGGUGGAGAGGAGUGCCAACACCGGGUGUGCCGCUUCCUCUGAGAAGUGGAAGCCCUAG